AUGGCUUCCCCCAGUGUCCUCACCUUUGACGCUGAGGGUCGGGCCAUUGACUUUGACGUCUGGGUAGAUGACCUGCAGCUUUUCCUACUGAGCGACAGAGCAGACGGUCUCUCCCUCUUUGACCUCACUUCUGGUGCCUCUCCUGCCCCUGCUGCUGAUGCUGACCCCACUGUUCGCCUUGCUGUGCGCCGCCACUUGCCGACCGCUGAGCGUGCGCACUUUAGCCAGUACAAGAGUGCUAAGACCUUGUACGACGCUGUAGUUGCACGCUACUCUUCCCCUGCCACUGCUGCGCUUAGCCGCCUCAUCCUACCGUACCUCUUCCCUGACCUCGCCGCUUUUCCCACUGUCGCUGACCUCAUUACGCACCUUCGCACUAGUGACACUCGCUACCGCGCUGCGCUUCCUGCUGAGUUCUGCGCCAAGAACCCCCCCCCCAUGUACAUCACCCUCUACUACAUAGUCACCCGGCUCCCUGACACCCUUCGCCCGGUUAGGGACCACUUCCUCUCUGUUUGCCCCACCACCCUCACCGUUGACCUCCUCGAGGAGCGCCUGCUCGCGGCAGAGAAGAGCAUAGUCGCAGUAGGUGCCUCUCGUGGUGACCCUCGUACCCCUGUCUUUGAGGGGUGCUCCCCCUCUCCCCUCUUGCCCUCUGUUGCCUCUGCUGCUGCGGCCGACCUCGUUGGUCUUGAGUCGGUCGCUGCGGCGUCUGCCCCUAGCGGGAGACGCCGCCCUGGCAAGGGCAAGGGGGGCAAGGGUGCUGGAGGAGCUGGCGGGGGCGGUGGAGGCGGAGGUGGAGGUGGUGGAGGGGGUGGGGGUGGCGGUGGGGGUGGUGGCGGGGGUGGGGGCGUCGGUGGCGGGACUGGAGGUGGAGGUGGAGGCGGCGGUGGCGGUGGGAGCGGAGGUGGCGGAGGUGGCGGUAGUGGAGGAGGUAGCGGCGGAGGCGGCGGAGCUGGUCGGGGUGGCGCUGCGCAGAGGGGUGGCUCCGGUGGUGGUGCGCGCCAGCAGCAGCAGCAGCAGCGUACCCGUGAGACCCCUUCCCCCCAGCAGCUUCGUGAGUGGUACGCUACUCGUCAGCGGGGCGGGGGUGCUGGCCCCUGUACCUACGUUCUCCGUACCGGCGACCGGGCGGGUGAGCAGUGUGGGGGCGCGCACCCCACCCAGCGCUGCUUCGGUCGUCUGACAGACGCGUGGCGCCACCAGUUCCCCGACGCUACUGAGAUCCCUCGCUGGGGCGAGCUGUCUAGGGCGGGUGUUGCAAUCUAUGAUCUUGAUUUUGAUGCUAUUCUUGCUGCCAUGUAUGCUGUGACUAUUAGUGAUGAGGGUGACUGUUACCGGUGUUUCCCGCCUGACCCAGGCAUAGAGGCUGCUGCGCUAGGUACUUGUGAGGCUGCUGCUCUAGGUGCCAGUGCGUCUGCUGCCCCAGGUGCCGGUGAGUUUGCGCUCUCAGGUGCUGCGUCGUCCCCGGACACCCACACCUUCACCCUUGACUCGGGUGCUUCCCGCUCCUUCUUUCGAGACUGCACCACUCUCACACCGCUCAGUCGGCCUGUUGCGGUCUCCCUGGCGGACCCCUCUGGGGGUCCUGUCCUUGCUCACUACUCCACUGUCCUACCGUGUCCGGCGGUCCCGUCUGGCUCCCUGUCGGGUCUCUACCUCCCCUCGUUCUCUACGAACUUGGUGGCGGGUGCUGACCUCCAGGAUGCAGGAGUUGACCAGUUCACCCCUGCGCGUCAGCGGGUGACCCACUGCACUUGUGCGGACACGGGCCGACACUUGGCCACGUUUGCUCGUCGGCCAGGGUCGAGCCUGUACACACUGACUACUGAGUCUCCUCCAGUCACUGAGUCUGCUCAGGUAGCAGCGUCGGGUCAGGUGUUUGCUGCGGCGUCCAGGUCUGGUCCUGAGUCUGCCCCCUGCUCGUGUCGUCUCCUGUCCCACCGGACUCUCCUCUGGCACCACCGUCUUGGUCACCCCUCCCUGCCUCGCCUUCGAGGCAUGGCUUCCCGUCUUCUUGUUUCUGGCCUCCCCCGGUCCCUCCCUCCCCUUCCUCCGGGGCCUGCCCCCACCUGCGUUCCCUGCGUCGAGGGGCGGCAGCGCGCUGCUCCUCACUCCUCCGAGUUUCCUCCGACAGAGGCUCCGCUGCAGACGCUUCACAUGGACGUGUGGGGCCCAGCCCGCGUCCGUGGGCAGGGUCAGGAGCGCUACUUCCUGCUGGUGGUUGACGACUACUCGCGUUACACCGCAGUCUUCCCCUUGCGCAGCAAGGGUGACGUCACUGAGGUGUUGAUCGCCUGGAUCCGCGCAGCUCGUCUCCAGCUCCAGGAGAGUUUCGGCUCCGACUUUCCUGUUCGGCGUCUGCACUCCGACCGAGGCGGAGAGUUCUCCUCUGACCUUCUGCGGGCCUUCUGUCGCGCACGAGGCAUCCGCCAGACCUUCACGCUUCCGGACUCUCCGCAGCAGAAUGGGAUUGCUGAGCGCCGCAUCGGCAUGAUCAUGGACGUCGCUCGUACGUCCAUGAUCCAUGUGGCUGCUCCCCAUUUUCUGUGGCCGUUUGCGGUUCGGUACAAGGCGCAUCAGCUCAACCUUCACCCCCGGGUCUCCAUGCCGGAGACCUCCCCUGCUUUGCUGUGGACGGGGAAGGUUGGUGAUGCGUCGCGUUUCCGGGUCUGGGGAUCUAGGGCGUUUGUCCGCGACUUGUCUGCGGACAAGCUGUCCUCUCGUGCUGUUCCCUGCGUCUUCCUUGGCUUCCCCCCUGACGCGCCAGGCUGGCAGUUCUACCACCCCACCUCGCGCCGUGUCUUUGCGUCCCAGGACGUCACCUUUGACGAGUCGGUACCCUACUACCGUCUCUUCCCCUACCGCACUGCGUCCCUCCCUCCCCCGCCGCUCUUCCUUACGCCAGGUCCCCCCCCGGUAGACCCCCUCCCCCCUCAGGGUCCUGCUCCCUCAGGUGUGUCCCAGGUAGAUGCAGUUGAGCCAGUCGAGGUAGCUGUUGACUCUGGUACUGCUGGUGGUGCUGAGCCUGGGGGUGCUGGGUCUGGGGGUGCUGCGACUGGGGGUGCUGAGCCUGGGGGUGCUGAGCCUAGGGGUGCUGAGCCUGAGGGUGCUGAGCCUGGGGGUGCUGCGCCUGGGGGUGCUGAGCCUGGGGGUGCUGAGCCUGGGGGUGCUGAGCCUGGGGGUGCUGCGCCUGGGGGUGCUGAGCCUGGGGGUGCUGUGUCUGGGGGUGCUGAGUCUCGGAGUGCGGAGCCUGAGGGUGCUGGACCUGCUCGUCUGGCGUCUGGUGGUGCUGAGCCUGGCAGUUCUUCGGGUGCUUCGUCCCGGCGGGAGCUGCUCUCUCCACAGGAGCUGCGUGAGUGGUUCGCCCGGCGCUGGCGGCGUGCUGCUGGAGCUGGUGGUGCUGCAGGCGCUGGAGGUUCUACUGCUGCUGAGAGUGCUGGUGCCGAGGGUCCCAGAGGUGCUCGUACCGAGUGUACUGGAGCUGCUGGGCCUACGGGUGCUCCUCCUGCUGGAGCUGGUGGUGCUACUGGUGCUACUGGCGUUGGUUCUGCUGGUGCUCCUGGAGUUGGAGCUGCUGAGUCUUCGGGUGGUCCGACUGGAGCUGGGGCUACUGGGGGUGUUGGCGCUGGAGGUGCUGCUGGCGCUGGUGCUGCUGCGGGUGCUGGAGUUGGCGCUGCUGGGGCUGGAGGUCCUCCUGGUGCUGGUGCUCCCGUUGGGGGUACUGGUGCUGUUCCUGCUGGCACUGGUGGCGCUGCGCGGCCGCGGCCGUACUUCGUUCCGCUCCUUGAGCAGGUUCUUGGUCUUCCGUCCUCUCUUGGUCCUGCUCCUCCCUUAGCGUGUCCGCCUCCUGUCCAGUCCGAGUCACAGUUACCGCCGGCCUCCCCGCUUCCUUCUCCCUCUCCCUACACUGGUCCUACUGGAGGUCUUGCUGAGCGUCGUGAGCCUGCGUCUCGCCCUGCGUCGCCUGUCCGUGCUGCUCGCGCUAGUGGUCGUGGUUCGCGUCAGCGUCCUCCUCCUGUCCCCGGCACGCACCGGAUGUCUCUGCGUCCUUCCACUGCUCCCCUGCGUGCCCCUUUGCCUUCUCCUCCUGCGUCCUCUCUUCCUGACGUUCCGGACCCUGAGUCGGACUCCCUUCGUGCUGCGCGUCCUACUGUCACGCGUCUCCUUGCUACUGUCGUCACUGACCCUUCCUUUGAGUCUGCUGCUGCGUCUGCUCUGGUUGCUGAGCUUGUCGACUUCGCUGCUCGCUGUCGCCUAGACUACGCUACCAGUCUCGUCGCUGAGUCUGCGUCUGUCUGUCCUCCGUCCGUCGGGGGUGAGUGUGCUCUUGGCACGGACGUCCUUAAGGACAGGCAGGAGGAGUUCCAGUGCUUGGCUGCUGCUUCACCUCAUCUCGUGUCCAUGCUGCUUGCCCCUGAGGGAGACCCGGAUGCACUUGACAUCCCGACUCCGCGCUCUUACGCGGAGGCGAUAGAGGGUCCCUACUCCUCUCAGUGGCAGGCAGCCAUGGACGCAGAGAUGGCUUCCUACGUUGACGAGGUUCCCCCGCCUGGGGCGAACAUCGUCAGUGGCAUGUGA